CUCCUCUGCCCUUUUCGGUGUACAGCUGACCAAGCAACUAGAUGCGUCAUGAGUGACCUACUACUGCCCUUCUAUAUAUAUGGACGAUUGGACGCCCAUACAGCCUCGCACAGACUCGGAGCAAGAUAUAGGACUCUAGCUGUAAAUUACAAGCCAAGAGCUAGCCAGCAGAGCAGCAGAGAAAAAUAUCGAAGAAAACAAUGGCGGGCAAGGAGGAUCUUAAGCUCCUCGGCCUGCCGCUGAGCCCGUUCGUGAUCAGUGUGCGCAUGGCGCUGAACAUGAAAGGAGUGAGUUACGAGUACGUCGACGAGGACCUAUCCAACAAGAGUGAGCUCCUUCUCAAGUCCAACCCGGUGCACAAGAAGGUGCCCGUGCUCAUCCACAACGGCAAGCCCAUCUGCGAGUCGCUCGUCAUCCUGCAGUACGUCGACGAGCUGUUCGCUGGCCGGUCGAUACUACCAACCGACCCCUACGAACGCGCCACCGCUCGCUUCUGGGCAGCCUACGCCGGCGACAAGCUGUUCGCGGCGUGGUACGGCAUGGUGACGGCCCAGGCGGAGGAGGACAGGGCGGAGAAGGUGAAGGAGACCCUUGCCGCGAUCGAGCACAUGGAGGUGGCCUUUGCCGAGUGCUCCGGCGGCAGCGCCUUCUUUGGCGGCGACUCCAUUGGCUACGUCGACAUCGUGCUCGGCGCGUUCUUGUUCUGGUUUGAGGCGGUGCGCCGGGUCGACGGCGUGGAGAUCAUUAACGCGAGCAGGACUCCACUCUUGGCUGCGUGGGCAGAGCGGUUUGGAGGGAGCCUAGAGGCAAAGGAGGCGGUGCUGGUAACCAAGGUGGAUUUGGCGGUACAGUAUAUCAAUAAGUUUCGUGCCCCCGCCGCCGCUGCGAAUUAGUGGGUUCGGAAUCAGUCGUGAUCCAAAUUUUAGUCACGUUCAAAGCUUACAUUGAUAUUUUUGGGUUGUCUUUGUCAUUUAAUUUUGUGGUUCCAGUUCAAAGCUUACAUUGAUAUUUUUGGGUUGUCUUUGUCAUCUAAUUUUGUGGUUCCAGUCGUCUGCUCUGCAAUAAAUAAGUAUGAUUAUUUUGAGGA